AUGGCGCUGCACUUGGCCUUGCAGGAGCGCGAGACUCAAGACGCCACGAUGCAAGAGGUCGUCUGUGCAGUGCUUGCUGAUGGCCUCUCUAUCGUGUCGCUGUUGCUUUCCGGGUUGGUGGGGCACCACUGCUUCCCGGCACCGAGCUUUAUGGGGGAAUUGCUUCCGGAGUCUGUCGAGAAGCUGGUCGUCGUUUCCUGGCCUCCGCUCUUCGGCUGGUGCUUGGCCCGAUGCCUCCAUCGAGUUUUGACUGCCCAGGCUCCGAAGAAGGAUGCUGGCCUCUGGGGUCACUUCGUUCCCUGGUACUGGUGCCAGCAGUUCUUGGGCGCUUCCUGCUUCUUCCGCCUGGCGCUGCUCUCCUACAGUGCCUAUGUUAUGCAGUUCGUCGCACCGCUGCCGCUAACCUUUAUCGACAACCGCUUGGAUCUGAGCUGGGCGGGCCUUGCGCCACAGGACAGGCUGGGGGCGAUGCUGCGAGCACCGGUCCAGUUCGCCCUUUGGACAACUCUUUCCUGCCUCAUUGCGCUACCCUACCAUGCCUUUCUCGAGGCGCCGGGAAUGAGGCUGGGCAAACGAAUCGACGAAGCGAUUCGGUCCCGGUUCUUGGGGACUUCCAGUGCAGCAACCGGAGGUACUGCUACCGAGGCCGAUCCAAAACCAAC